AGAAAGCUGACUGGGGCUACAGUCUCCACACGGAAAGAGAGCAAGUCAUUUCACUGUCGCUCGCUCGAGUCAGCAAAGAAGUGAAGAUGGCCAAAGUCCCCGACCUCUUUGAAGACCUGAAGAACUGUUACAGUGAAAAUGAAGAAUACAGUUCCGAAAUUGACCAUCUGUCUCUGAAUCAGAAGUCCUUCUAUGAUGCAAGCUAUGAACCACUUCAUCAGGACUGCAUAGAUAAAUAUAUGUCUCUGAAUACCCCUGAAACCUCUAAGACAUCCAAGCUUACCUUCAAGGAAAAUGUGAUGAUGGUGGCAGCCAACGGGAAGAUUCUGAAGAACAGAUGGUUGAGUUUAAAUCAGUUCCUCACCGACGAUGACCUGGAAGACAUUGCCGAUGAUACAGAAGAAGAAAUCAUCAAGCCCAGAUCAGCACAUUACAGCUUCCAGAGCAACAUGAAAUACAACUUUAUCAAGCUCAUCCAACAGCAAUACAUCCUGAAUGACGCCCUCCAUCAAAGUAUAGUUCUACAUCCGUCAGGUCAAUACCUCAUGGCUGCUGCAUUAAAUAAUCUGGAUGAGGCAGUGGAAUUUGACAUAGCUGCUUAUACAUCAGGAGAUGAUACUCAACUUCCUGUGACUCUAAGAAUCUCAAAAACUCAACUGUUUGUUUGUGCUCAAAACGAAGGCGAACCCGUAUUGCUAAAGGAGAUGCCUGAGACACCCCAAACCAUCAAAGAUGAGACCGAUCUCCUCUUCCUCUGGAGCAACCAUGGCAGUAUGCAACACUUCAAAUCAGUUGCCCAUCCCAAGCUGUAUUUUGCCACAAAGGGAGAAAAACUGGUGCACCUGGCAAGGGGCCCGCCCUCUAUCAUUGACUUUCAGCUUUGACUGUGGAGUCUACUUACUUGUGAAGUGUUGACAAUCUGUAUGUACCAUGUACAUGAAGGAGUCAAAUCCUGCACUCUUAGUCACUCUCUGAGCAUGUGCUGAGACUUUGUAACUCUAAAUGAAUAUUUACUCUCUUUCUAAGAGAGGGCACAAAGUCUAGUAGAACCAACACUAACAUAUAAUGUUGCUUGUUAUUUAAAGAACACCCCAUGCUUUGCAAA